AUGGCAAUGCCAGCGGUUUGGACGGUGGUCCUGUUGUCAUUCGGAUGCUGCAUUGGGGCUCCGGCACCACAGCAGAGUUGCUCGUUCCCACUGGAUUUAGCUCCAAACUCUGUCGAUGACAUGUACGACGGCUGCGAAGACGAGAUGGAAAAGAAAAUGGCCAGUCUGCUAAAUAGGGAGAAAAAGGGAGAUUUUAGAAGGGCUUGGCAUGCGGCACAAAAAUACUACAACAAUAAAUGGGCAAGCGCCACCUCAACGCUGAAGAAAGAACAAAUUAUGGCUGUUCAUGCUUACACCCUGGAAAAGCCGCCAGUAUAUGCUGAGUUCAAUAAGGUGGUCCGAACACAAAACUCUGAGUACACGACCAAAUUUCAAUAUCAUGCGCUACACUUCUACCUCACCAUGGCCCUACGCUCCCUCAAGCGCAAGACACCAGAGUGUGUCACCACCUACCGGAGAACCAACUGCAAAUUUGAAACAAGUAUCAACAGAGAGAUUCGCUUCGGUGGCUUUACCUCCAGCUCAGUGGGCUCUUACGCUUCUCCUCAUUUUGGCGACCAGUCAUGUUUUGAGAUUACCACCUGCUUUGGAGCAGGCAUCUCAGAGUUCUCCCAGUUUGAAUCGGAACGCGAGGUCCUGAUCCCUCCGUAUGAGGUCUUUAAGGUGACAGACAUACAGAAAAGGUCCGGGCAGAAUUCCCUCCCAUGCCAGGUUGUCUACAAACUGAAGAGCACAAAAACCCCACGUUCCACUUUAAACUGUGCUCUCUCUGAAGACUGUCUGCCAGAUUACUGA